CCUCUUCGUGACCCCGCUUGGCCCCAGCCAGCGAUGAGCCCGGAGCCGGGCAGCGGCGGCGGCGGCGAAGGCAGCAGCCCCGGCACCAGCAGCACCAGCAGCAGCCCACGCGCCCGGGAGCUCCGAUCGCCCCCGGAGCCGGCGCUGGCCCUUUGAGGCGCCGGCGGGCUUGGCCAGCACCCCGCGCACCCCUGCUCCUGGCGAAGGCGCGGAUUGCCCUGGGUGGUUUUUGAAGGAAAAGAGACCUUUUUGCAUCCCCCCCCCGCGCUCUGCAACCGGGAAAGAGAACGACGCCCGCCGGCGGUACGAGCCGGGCAUCCGGGCUGGAGCGAGCCGAGGCUGAGACGGAGAGAGCUGGUUCGCGGCGAGAGCGCUAGUCCGACAGCGCCGGAGCCGAGCGGGCGCCUUCAGGAGGCAGCGGCGGCGGGCGCCGCAGUGGGUGCUCCUCUCGCGGGCACGGCGGCGGCGGCGGCAGCGGCGGCAAAGCCGAGCGAGGCGCCGCGGAGAUGCCCGCCUGAGAGCGGCCCCCGGGGGCGCCGCCGGACCCUGCCCCGUGCCCGGCUGGGAGGGAAGCAGAAGAAGCCGAGGGCGGAUUUUCGUUCCCCCCUUCUUUUUUUUGGGGGGGGGCUGCUGUUGCAAACCCGAGCGCCGCCGAUCCCGCCCCCACCUGCCGGCUGAUUCCUGGAGGAGGUGUCGACGAUCCCUCGGCAAGGGGGGAGGCAAAGCGCCCGCCGGGCCAGUGCAGAGGAUAAGCUCCGGCACAGGAGCAUCAGCACUUUGAAAACACUUUCAACUCCAACAUCACGGUCCUCCCUUCCUUUGGGAAUACAAAUACUUUUUGCAAACAUGUCAGGAAACAUGUGGAGAUGGACUUGCCUCAUCCUGCACCUUCUUCCCUGUGCUGUGAUGUUGCCUUCUGUCACUAGGCAGCAACCUUCCCACCCAAAGAGACCUUUCCUCACCUUCACUGUGGAAAUGGCAGAGGUGUAUUUUAACCACUUAGUGGUAGACGAGAGGAGAGGCAACAUUUACUUGGGAGCUGUCAAUUGGAUCUACAAACUCUCCAGUGAGCUGGAGAUGCUGACGUUUCAUCAGACAGGCCCAGAUAUUGACAACCCAAAGUGUUACCCUCCCAAACUGGUCCAGCCUUGCAACGAACCACUGAAAUCCACAAACAACAUCAACAAAAUGCUCCUCAUAGACUACAAGGAGAACAGGUUGAUUGCCUGUGGCACUUUGUACCAGGGCAUCUGUAAACUCUUGAGGCUGGAUGACCUGUUUAAGCUUGGGGAGCCCUUCCACAACAAGGAGCAUUAUCUCUCUGGGGUGAAUGAGAGUGGCUCUGUUUUUGGAGUGAUAGUGUCUUACAACAACAUGGAUGACAAGCUGUUCAUUGCUACCGCUGUGGAUGGUAAACCAGAGUAUUUCCCCACAAUCUCCAGCAGAAAGCUCCCCAAGAACUCUGAGGCAGAAGGCAUGUUUGCUUACGUUUUCCACGACGAGUUUGUGGCCUCCAUGAUCAAGAUCCCAUCGGAUACGUUUACCAUCAUCCCCGACUUUGACAUAUACUACAUCUAUGGCUUCAGCAGUGGUAAUUUUGUCUACUUUCUCACCCUCCAACCUGAGAUGAUUUCUCCACCUGGCUCCACCACUAAGGAGCAAGUCUAUACCUCCAAGUUGGUCCGCCUGUGCAAAGAGGACACGGCCUUUAACUCAUACGUCGAACUACCCAUUGGUUGUGAGAAGAACGGAGUAGAGUACCGAUUGCUUCAGGCGGCCUACCUGUCAAAGGCAGGAGCCAUCUUGGCUAGAUCUUUGGGCGUCAGGCCAGAGGACGACAUCCUCUUCACUGUCUUCUCCAAGGGGCAGAAGAGGAAAAUGAAGUCCUUGGAUGAGUCAGCUCUCUGCAUCUUUGUUCUGAAAAAAAUCAACGACCGUAUCAAGGACAGGCUGCAGUCCUGCUAUAGGGGUGAAGGCACGUUGGAUCUGGCCUGGCUGAAAGUGAAGGACAUCUCCUGUAGCAGUGCACUGUUAGCAAUUGAUGAUAAUUUCUGUGGCCUGGAUAUGAAUGCCCCACUCGGAGUAUCUGAAAUGGUACGAGGGCUCCCCGUCUUAACAGAAGACAAGGACAGAAUGACGUCUGUCAUUGCUUACAUCUAUAAGAAUCACUCCUUGGCUUUCGUGGGCACCAAGAGUGGCAAGCUAAAAAAGAUCCGCGUGGAUGGCCCCAUCAAAGGUGCCCUCGAGUACGAGAUUGUGCAAGUAGUGGACCCUGCAGGGCCAAUCCUGCGGGACAUGGCCUUUUCGGUGGAUCACAAGCACCUGUACAUCCUCUCUGACAAACAGCUUACCCGAGUGCCAGUGGAGUCCUGCGGACAGUACAAAAGCUGCAGGGAGUGCCUGGGCUCCGGGGAUCCCCACUGCGGAUGGUGUGUGCUCCACAACACGUGCACAAGGAAAGAGCAAUGCGAGCGGUCCAGAGAGCCCCGGAGGUUUGCAUCAGAGAUGGAGCAAUGUGUCCGGCUCACCGUGCACCCCAACAACAUCUCUGUCUCCCAGUACAGUGUAAUGCUGGUUUUGGAGACCUACAAUGUCCCCGAGCUGUCGGAUGGCGUCAAUUGCACCUUUGGGGACCUGUCGGAAAUGGACGGCGUUGUGAUGGGGAAUCGGAUCCAGUGUAAAUCCCCAGCGGCCAAGGAGGUGCCAAAGAUCAUAACUGAGAAUGGAGACCACCACAUUGUGCAGCUUCAGCUCAAAUCCAAGGAAACAGGCAUGACUUUUGCCAGCACCAGUUUUGUCUUCUACAACUGCAGUGUCCACAACUCAUGCUUGUCUUGCGUGGAGAGCCCAUAUCGGUGCCACUGGUGUAAAUACCGUCACGUCUGCACUCACGAACCCCUUAAUUGCCAUUUUAUGGAAGGACGAGUCAAGGUGCCUGAGGAACCAAACCCUGUUGUGCCAGGCUUGUACAGUGACUCCCUCAUGAUGAUUCCAAAAGACUGCCCCCAGCUCCUGCAAGUCAAUAAGAUCUUGGUGCCCGUGGAUGUUAUCAAGCCGAUCACGCUGAAGGCGAAGAACCUGCCCCAGCCACAAUCUGGGCAGCGUGGCUACGAAUGCAUCAUCAACAUCCAGGGCAAUGAGAAGAGGGUGCCGGCCUUGCGGUUUAACAGCUCCAGCGUCCAGUGCCAGAACACUUCAUAUACUUACGACGGGACGGAGAUUAACAGCCUGCCCGUGGAGCUGAUAGUCGUGUGGAACGGGGAUUUCAACAUUGACAACCCAGCGCAAAACAAAGUCCACCUGUACAAAUGCGGAGCCAUGCGAGACAGUUGCGGUCUGUGUCUGAAGGCAGAUCCAGACUAUGAAUGUGGCUGGUGUGAAGACCAGAAUCGAUGCACGCUGAAACACCAUUGCCCCAUCCUGGAGAACCGGUGGUUAGAGCUCUCCGGCACUGGGGGCAAGUGCACCAAUCCCAAGAUCACAGAAAUCAGCCCCGUGAGAGGACCUCGUGAAGGGGGGACCAGGGUGACCAUUCGGGGAGAAAAUCUGGGCCUGGAGUUCCGGGACAUAGCAUCACACGUCAAAGUGGCUGGCGUGGAGUGCGUUCCUCUGGUGGACGGAUAUAUCCCAGCAGAGCAAAUAGUGUGUGAGAUGGGCGAGGCCAAACUCAGCCAGCAUGCUGGAAACGUGGACAUCUGCGUGGCUGAGUGCAAGCCGGAGUUCAUGGCCAAAUCCUCCCAGUUCUAUUACUUUACGAUUCUAACUCUCUUUGACCUAAGUCCAAAGCGAGGUCCAGUGUCCGGUGGCACUCAAGUUACGAUCACCGGCAAGAACCUCAAUGCUGGCAGUAAUGUUGCUGUGUCGUUUGGGGAACACCCCUGCCUUUUUCACCGGAGAACAGCAGAAUACAUUGUCUGCAAUACCACGGCUUAUAGCGGCUUCUCGGAGAAGAUGGUGGUGGACGUAUCUGUGAAGGUGGACAAGGCCAAGUUGCAUAAGGAGUUGGAGAAGGCCAAAUCACCCAAGGAGCUGGAGUUUGAAUACGUGGCGGAUCCAACCAUCGUAAAGAUUGAGCCAGAGUGGAGUAUUGUCAGUGGAAAUACACCCAUUACAGUGCGGGGCACUAACUUGGAUCUCAUCCAGAACCCUCAGAUCCGGGCAAAGUAUGGUGGAAAAGAGCACAUCAAUGUUUGUGAAGUGCAGAACGACACCGAGAUGAUCUGCCAAGCACCAGCGAUCGAACCAAAUAACCAGACUGACCUUCCUGUACAACCAGUUGAGUUUGGCUACAUCUUGGACGACGUCCACUCCUUGCUGACUCUCAACAAGCCAAACUUCACCUAUUACCCAAACCCUGUCUUUGAGGCUUUCAAUCCCUCCGGGAUUUUGGAACUGAAACCAGGAACCCCAGUUAUAUUAAAGGGUAAGAACCUGAUCCCACUUACGGGAGGGAACGCCAAGCUGAAUUAUACCGUGCUGGUCGGUGAGAAGCCCUGUGUGCCCACGGUGUCAGAAGUGCAGCUGCUGUGUGAGUCCCCGAAUCUUACUGGACGGCAUAAAGUGAUGGCUCGCGUAGGAGGGAUGGAGUUUUCCCCAGGGAUGGUGAACAUCUCCCCAGACAGCCCGCUCAGCCUGCCUGCCAUCGUCAGCAUUGCUGUGGCAGGAGGGCUCCUCAUCAUCUUCAUUGUGGCUGUGCUGAUUGCCUACAAGCGCAAGUCCCGCGAAAGUGACCUCACCCUCAAGCGGCUCCAGAUGCAAAUGGACAACCUGGAGUCCCGGGUGGCCUUAGAAUGCAAGGAAGCUUUUGCAGAACUGCAGACUGACAUCCAUGAGCUGACGAGUGAUUUAGAUGGAGCCGGCAUCCCGUUUCUGGAUUAUCGGACAUAUACAAUGAGGGUGCUUUUCCCUGGCAUUGAAGAUCAUCCCGUGCUGAGGGAUUUGGAGGUUCCUGGAUAUCGGCAAGAGCGGGUUGAGAAAGGCCUGAAACUGUUUGCCCAGCUCAUCAACAACAAGGUCUUCCUCCUGUCCUUCAUUCGCACCCUGGAGUCCCAGCGCAGCUUCUCCAUGCGAGACCGUGGCAAUGUGGCAUCCCUCAUCAUGACGGUGCUGCAGAGCAAGCUGGAGUAUGCCACCGAUGUCCUCAAGCAACUCCUGGCCGACCUCAUAGACAAAAACCUGGAGAGCAAAAACCACCCCAAGCUGCUGCUCCGCAGGACAGAAUCUGUGGCUGAGAAGAUGCUCACUAACUGGUUCACCUUCCUGCUCUACAAGUUUCUCAAGGAAUGUGCAGGUGAGCCUCUCUUCUCUCUCUUCUGUGCCAUCAAGCAACAGAUGGAGAAAGGUCCAAUCGAUGCCAUCACUGGGGAGGCCCGCUACUCCCUUAGCGAGGACAAGCUCAUCCGGCAGCAGAUAGACUACAAGACGCUGGUCCUGAACUGUGUGAACCCCGAUAACGUGAACAGCCCUGAGAUCCCAGUGAAGAUCCUGAACUGUGACACCAUCACACAGGUGAAGGAGAAGAUUCUGGAUGCCAUUUUCAAGAAUGUGCCGUGCUCCCAUCGGCCGAAAGCCCCCGACAUGGAUCUAGAGUGGCGGCAGGCGAGUGGGGCCAGGAUGAUUCUUCAAGAUGAGGACCUCACGACCAAGAUCGAGAACGACUGGAAGAGGCUUAAUACCCUCGCCCACUAUCAGGUGCCAGAUGGAUCCGUGGUGGCCCUAGUGUCCAAGCAAGUCACAGCCUACAAUGCUGUCAACAAUUCCACCGUCUCCAGGACCUCUGCUAGCAAAUAUGAAAACAUGAUCCGCUAUACAGGCAGUCCAGACAGCUUGCGCUCCCGGACGCCCAUGAUCACUCCUGACCUGGAGAGCGGGGUCAAGAUGUGGCAUCUGGUCAAGAACCACGAACAUGGAGAUCAGAAAGAGGGUGACCGAGGGAGCAAGAUGGUAUCAGAGAUCUACCUGACCAGGCUGCUAGCCACCAAGGGCACUUUACAGAAGUUUGUCGAUGAUCUCUUUGAGACAAUCUUCAGCACAGCGCAUCGUGGCAGCGCCCUCCCCCUGGCCAUCAAGUACAUGUUUGACUUCUUGGACGAACAGGCAGACAAGCACAACAUCCACGACCCUCACGUCCGACACACCUGGAAAAGCAACUGCUUGCCACUAAGGUUUUGGGUGAACAUGAUCAAAAACCCACAGUUUGUCUUUGACAUCCACAAGAACAGUAUCACUGACGCCUGCCUGUCCGUGGUAGCACAGACCUUCAUGGACUCCUGUUCAACCUCAGAGCACCGUUUGGGCAAAGAUUCUCCAUCGAAUAAGCUCCUCUACGCCAAGGAUAUCCCUAGCUACAAGAACUGGGUGGAAAGGUACUACUCAGAUAUUGGUAAGAUGCCGGCUAUCAGCGACCAGGACAUGAAUGCCUACCUGGCUGAGCAGUCCCGCAUGCACAUGAAUGAAUUCAACACAAUGAGCGCGUUGUCCGAGAUCUACUCCUACGUGGGCAAGUACAAUGAAGAGAUCCUCGGAGCCCUGGACCAAGACGACCAGGCUGGCAAACAGAAGCUGGCCUACAAACUUGAACAAGUUAUAACCCUCAUGAGCAUAGACAGCUGAGAACUGCCCUACCAGGGGACUCCCUGGGAGGGAUUUAAAAACAAACAAACAAAACCAAGCCGUGCCUCAGUCAAGAACAUCCUCUUUACCAAGUGCAAGUUUCUGAUUGGCUGCGUUGAGCAGAGUCGCCUGAACAGCUCUCGACUCCUCUAAGGCUCGCCUGCCAAACCAACAGAUGCCAAGCAACAAGGCCUCAAGGAUUUGAGGGACAUCUCCGUGGAGGAAUCCCAAGCGCGGGGGGACGAUUCAGGCGGAGCUCCCUUCUCUGCAGAAUCCCUUUCUGCCUUCUCACUCCUGAGCUUAUUGUCAUAUCAUCUGUUAAACUGACAGAGGGGACCGUCCUGGUUUGCCUCAGCCGUGCUGCUUUAAUGGCUCCCCGUGGGCUCGGCGCCCUGGAGCGGAAACAAACUCAGUGUUAUUUGGAAGCUGCACCAAGGCAGGACUUGCCCACUUGCCUCUGGAAGUCCCCACGGAGUGGGAACGAACUUGGCUUUUUCUCCCACCCAACAGUGCUGCCCCUCCCCAGUCCACGUCCUAGAGGGGAGGACCCAGUGGCUUGCCCCAUGGGACUGUCAUGGCAGAGCAGCCCACUUGCCCUACAAACUCACCGUGCGGUCAGCUGCUCUCCUGGGACUGGGCGGAGAAUGAAGAAAGACCACCCUUUCCUCCCCCAUCCCCAAUUUUCAUACAUUCAUCUAGCUUUUUUUUAAUGGAUCAUUGUUAUGUUUAAUCUGUGCCCCAUUUACGGUAUGAUUAAAAGACACCCACCCACAAGCACACACUUCCCUUUACCUGAAGCCACACUUGUUUCUCCUCCGCUCCCUUUGAGAAGAACGGCAAGGGCAGUCAUCCCUUCUUAAACCAGCUCGGCUGCACUUGGUGAGGUGAACCCGGACCAAUCUCCUUCCGCUCUCUUUUCCGUAUGGUCUCAAACUGCAACUUCUGAUGUCUUUCUGGCUAACCAUCCUAAAGGAUAGAGCACAAAAUCUAGAUCUAGACACAGCACAGAGUUAAACCCAGGAACAGCAUUAUAGAGGAGACAAGAGGCUGCAUCCUGGACUUGAAUUGGGAGUGGGGAUAAGGAGAAAGGGCCCCUCCCAAGCCUUCAUGUCCCAACAGGCUGGUCCAUCAGGGCAAAUGGAGCAACAGCUGAACCAACAGGUGUUCAAAGACAAUAGGAAGGGUUUAUUGCUUGGAGUGAUUGGCUUAUGCAGUGUAGCCUGUGAGAUGCCUUUGCCAUCAAAUGGCAACUGGAACUGGAAUAACUCAAUAUAUUCAAUUUUUUUAAAUUUUUUGUCAGGCGUAUUGAUGCAAGCUGGAAACGUUCCCGCCAGAAUGAAGCAAAUUUAUAUUGCAUUGAUUUUAAUGGGAGACUCAAUCAUGUCCUUUUGUUGAAAUCAAUGAGAUUCAAGUGCUUCCCUCUUGGCUGGGCCAUGCCCCAAAUUUGGAAAACUACAUUUCGAUCCAGAGCUUUACACACUUCAACACAGCCCCUCAUAAAUCCCAAAAAACAGAAUCAAAUUUGCUGAAGCUUGACGUCCCGGUCCCCAGCCUGCAGUCACUCAUGUUGAAGGCCAUUGAAGUAAAAGGGCUUCAGCUUGCUUAAGUCUGUGCUGGGCCAUGGCCCGUGUUUAGCAUCCAUUUCUCCAGUGACAUUUUGCACAGCAGAACAGGAAACCUGAGUUUCAUUGCUGAGAUUUGCAUCCCGUCAAAAUGAAGACCCUUGUUGAAUUCAAUGGGGUUGCAUUUUCAAUUUGUAUGAAUUUGCAUUUUGGCAGUAACACAAAUGUGUUUUGCCUGAAAUUGCAGGUGGCUGAUCUAAGCAGAAGCCUGUGUCACGGGAACAUGGGAAGCUGCCUUCAAGCUCUUUGUCCAUUUUGCCCAGUGUUGUUUACCCUGACUGGCUGCAGCUCGUAGGAGUCUCAGAGAGGGAACUUUCCUAUACCCGGCUGCCUGGCUCUUUUUAACCGCAGAUGUCAGGAAUUGAACUUGCAGCCUUCUGUAUGCAAAAGCAUGGGCUCUGCUACUGAGCUAUGGUCCAUCCUAAAGAUUAGAUUCCACAAUAGCAGAUAUGAGUUGCCCUAUGGCAAAAGACAGUAACUGUAAGUACUUGCCCAUGGUAAAUGUUUUGCCAAGUAGACCGUCUUAUUUCAAUGGUUACAAUCACCACAGGAGCUAAUCUCAAUAGUGGGUUGCAAACUGUAAUUCAAAACCUUGUAAACUGUGGGCAGUAAUGGCACAGUUCACUUUAGCACUCUUCUGCUUCAUUCUAGGCUCUCCAUCCCCACUGUGACAUCAAAGCUGGCCACUCAAUGACAUCAGUGAUGGCUGGUGCCCUUUAGCAUUCAUGGGGCAAAAGGCAAGGAGGCCAGCAGUAGAUGGCGCCAGAGCCAAUGACAAGCAGAGCCAACUAAUUCUGAUUUGGCCCCAUUCUCUUCCCUGCUGAGUUCUACAAGGUCAACCCUGACAGGAGGAAAAAGCUGCCACAUGCAGUGCCACCCCUAGACCAGUUGUAAGAAUGAAGGCAGGCAGUGAGGGCAAGCUGGGGUUGCCCCAUUUACCCUAGUAGACCAGCCUCCAAUGAAUGGCAUCAAUGAAUAUGAGGCAGAGAGGCCAGAGAUUGCUGAAGGGGAGGGUAUGAGCAGAAGCACUCAAUACUCUUUCUACUAUUUUUCACUGUGAAACAACUGUGCAUGGGGUCACCUUUGACUUCUUUGUAUGGCACAGAUUCUCCUCUUCAUUGUGAAGGUUAAAGGGAGACAGAAAAGGCCCUCGUUCACCACCAGAAAAUGUAGGGAGAACUUUUCACUUGAUCCACCAGUCAUUUGUUUGCAUGCAUGUCUCCAUUUGUGCCAUUUCCAUUCCUUUUGGUCUGAGUCAGCUACUUGGUGUGUGCAGUAGAGGAUUAACCACAAGGCUAAGUAAGCUAAAGAGAUGGUCCCCAUGGGCAAACCCCUUCGAUGUAUCUGAGAGUGCCUCUGGAUGGCAAGUGAUUCCAUCCUGCUCCCUACUUCUUUCAAAAUCACCUUUCUUAUGAUAGGUGUGAGGAACCUUUUCCCCUCUAGAUGGUGCUGAACUGCAACUCCCAUCAGCCUCAACAAGCAUGGCCAGUGGCCAGGGAUGAUGGAAGUUGUAAUUCAACAUCUGGAGGGCCAAAUGUUCCCCACAUCUGCUUUAUGACAUGACAGUUGUUCCCUUACCCCGUAACAGGUGUGAAAUGUACCUGUUCUUAUUUGUGAAGAAAUUUAAGUUACUGGCUGAUCCUGGUCUGAAGAGCAAAAUGACGAUGCCCGGUGUGUUGCAGUGUGGGAUUAGCAGAAGAGGAGAAAGGUACCUUCGAAAUUGCUUCUGCGUGGUUGUGUGAAUACAAGAGAAGAGCAAGGCCUGUGGGACCAGAAAUUGCACAUGCUUACUUGCACUCAUGUCAGUGAUACCUAGAGGGUUGGGAAUUCAUGAUUUGUCAUCACAGAAUUUACAUUUUCUGCUGGUUCUUCUGGAUCGCUAAUGAAUAGCUUUGGAAGUGGGGAACGGAUAGAAAGAGCUAUGCUAGACAACAUUAAAGUGAGAAUGUGCACAAAGGAGAGAAAAAGUUUGUCUUGAAUGCAGAAAACAUUUUAAAAUGUGGACAAAACCAAAGGUUUUUGACUAACAAAGUGCCACAGGUGAUAAAGAUGUUUCUCCCCCGCCCCAUCCAUGACUUUCUCAGAUUUAAAAAUGAAAGCCAAGCUGGUGGGAGGAGAUCCCAGAGAGAAUGGAUCCUGGUUGAAGGUAAGGGGUGGGAACAUCCAUCAUAGGAUGGGGGAAGGUAUCAGGAAAAAAACCAUUUGAUUUUGCACAGUAAUUGAGAAAACAGGAAGAAACUGAGACUCCGCAUGCUACUGGUGAAAGAGGUUUUUAAACCAUUGAUGGUUUUGUUUUUAAAUUUUUUGCUAGUACAGACUUGAUAAAAAAAAAUUGUUUCAAACUUGAACACCUCAAAGGAAUGAACAGAACAUAUCAAAAUAACUUUGUCAGAAACAGGAAGCAGUGUGAAAGUCCACCACCUCCUACAAACCCCCAUCUAUUUCCUCUUUCUCUUCUCAGACCUGGGAGUUUAAAACAAAUCUCUAUUUUGGUUCAGUUUUAUUUUUGUAUCUCAGAAUUCCUUUUUGUUGUUUCUUAUUUGACUUCUUUUAGAAUUUUCUUUUUGUAGCCUUGAAAUUGUACCAGCAUUGUAAUGUGAAUGUGUCAGCUCUUCUCUCUUCCCCAACAAGCUCCUCUGUCCUCAGUCUUGGCUUCUAACACCCCCUUCAUUUUCUUUUUCUGUGAAUGUAACAUACGAUUACAAAUGAAGGAAGCAGAAGGAAGAAUACAUUUUGCUCUGAUUACAGGGAUGAACAGAUAUCAAUACCCAAUAGUAACAUUUCAGGACCUGAGUAUGAGCUAAUAUUUCAUUUUCAAAACUCAACUUUCAAAUACAAACUGUUCCCAUUUUCAGUUUAGGACAUUUGCUGAAUGUUGCUUUUUUGUCAUAAUUCCAUUUCACCUCGAUUCCUGACCAAUUCUUCUUUUCCCAAAUAAUUAAGUCCUGUGGCACCUUGAAGAUGAAUAAACAUACUGCCAUAUGAGCUGUAAGAAGCUCAAGCCUACUUUGUCAGAUACAGUUGCCACAAAUGCUUGGUGCAGGAGAAGAAUUUGAGAGAUUCCAACUAUAAGCCAUCGCUGUACCUGUUUAGUAUUAGGGGAAUAUUGCACUAAAGUGAAUCAUUAUCUGACACAAUGCUAUUCUGUUUUAGGGCUCACCCAAGAUCUUUUAUUGCAGCAUAUGACCUGAGACAUGCAUGCUAUCUGGGAGUUGUGCCCCACUUCCUUUGUGACUUUGCAAAGGUUUAUUUAUUUAUAAACAUAUUUGUAUACUGCUAUUUCAUUUCAAAAAACAUCAAAGUGGUUUACAACAAAUAAAAACCAUAUAAUAAAAACCAUUAAAAUACAGUAAAACCAAGGUCGACUACUGCAAAGAGACAUCCUGAGAUACAGGUCUGGGCUCAGCAUGCCACCUUAUUUUUUGCCCCUAGACUCUAGGGCCUAGAUAUAUUGCCACUCAAGUAACAUGCUUGGAUUGUUUCUAGAGUCAAGGCAGCCAUGCUUUGCAUACAGUUCAAAUACUGUAUCUCACAGCUGCAUUGGCUUAAAAGGAGCCACACCUUCUCAUAACUUCUAAACAACUGGCCCAGUCCUCUGUUAUUUCUACCGAACAGGUGCUAUUGCCAAAACAAAACAAAAAGCCAAUGUUUUUUAAUAUAAAAUCUAGUCAUUGUUACAUGGAAAGUGUGGGAAGGUGAAGAGAGGAAUGGGCUGUUGAUUUUCCCGGAUCCCUUUCUUUUUUCACAUGUGGUGCAAAAAAGCAGCAAUUAUGAACACAUCAGACUGUGUCUACACCCAUAGGUUUUAAAUAUAUAUCCAAGGAAAGAAAAUGCUGGUGAAACAUUCAAGGGGGAAAGCCUGGAAGAGCUUCAGAGCUGUUGGUUUUCCAUUAAGCGAGGCCAAACAUUGUCCCUCCCCACCACCACCACCAAUAUCACCUGAUCGCUAAUGUUGCACCGCUGAAUUGGUCAGGAGCUCUUGAGGCAACUUAAUUAUUCAUUGCAACAAGACACCUCAGCUACUUUUCACCACAUAUUUCCUAGACAUAUCAUCCACUUCCACCAACUUUGGUAAAGUUUCCACUUUGAAUACACAGGCCUAGGCAUAUUCUUAAAAGACAGUAUUACAACCAGCCAUAAAAACAGAAUGUUAAAAAAUGGAUCCCGGAUUGAGAAAGUCCAGGAUUUGCGUUAUUGACUUUUGCUGCUUCUCCUUCUCGUUCUUUCUUCUUGUUUUAUAUUUUGUUUUCUAAUGACCCUAGUUUCAAAAAGGACUCAUGGAAAUGACAACUGCUUAAAAUGGAACCCUGUUGUUACUUGGUAAAGCUUCUGUACCUUUGUUAUACCUAAUUGUAUA